CUGACUGAUUCACUGCUUAGAACAGGAUUCCUAAACUUAAUUAUAUACUGAAAUUAUGUCAUGUAUCCAGUGACUUUUUUUUCUGAUUAACUCAAGCCUAAUCUAUUUUUCUCCUUUAUACACAUGCAGACCAGUCACAUUUAGUUUUUAUGAACAUGCAGAAGGACUUCAUGAAACCUGUGAUCAACAUUGUAGACGACAUGCUGACAGCUGGCAUCAACGUCACAAUUUACAAUGGGCAAUUAGAUCUCAUAGUGGACACCAUAGGUCAGGAGGCAUGGCUGCGUAAACUGAAGUGGCCAGAGCUGGCUCGUUUCAAUCAGGAGAAACGGAAGCCCCUGUAUGUUAAUCCUGGGUCGUAUGAGACAUCUGCUUUUUAUAAGUCCUACAAGAACCUGGCUUUCUACUGGAUUCUCAAGGCUGGCCACAUG